UUGCCUUGGCCUGCGUUUCCCUCCGGAGAUUCCACUUCCGGCCACCAAGGGGCGGGGAGACAUUGGGAACAUGCGGCUCUCUGUCGCUGCAGCCAUCUCCCACGGCAGAGUAUUCCGUCGCCUGGGCCUGGGUCCCGAGUCCCGCAUCCACCUGUUGCGGAACUUGCUCACGGGACGUCGACACGAACGCAUUGAGGCAUCAUGGGCACGAGUGGAGGAAAUGAGAGGCUACGCCGAGAAGCUCAUUGACUAUGGAAAGCUGGGAGACACCAAUGAACGAGCCAUGCGCAUGGCUGACUUCUGGCUCACCGAGAAGGACUUGAUCCCAAAGCUCUUUCAAGUACUGGCUCCUCGCUACCAAGGUCAAAAUGGGGGCUACACGAGAAUGCUGCAGAUCCCAAAUCGAAAUGCACAGGAUCGGGCCAAGAUGGCAGUGAUUGAAUAUAAAGGGAACUGCCUCCCACCCCUGCCUGUGCCUCGCAGAGAUAGCAACCUUACACUCCUAAACCAGCUGCUGCUGGGGCUACAACAGGACCUCCACCAGAACCAAGAAGCAAGCCUCCACAGCUCCCACACAGAGCAGACACCAAGGAUUUAACUGGAGCUGAAGGGUUUAUGGCUUUCUUCAAUGCCCAGGAUCACAGCCUUUGGAGUUCUUUUAAUGUCAGAAGUGGAAUUAGGGUUGUAAAAUGAACAGGUUUAAUGGGGCCCAAAACCUUCUGGAAAACCAGAUGGCCAUUUCUUUGCACAAUAGAUUAA